AUGAAUGAUGUUGCUAAGAGGAUUCUUCUUUGGGAUCAACUUAGGGGUAUUGCUGGUAAUUGUUCAGGACCCUGGAUCAUAACAGGGGAUUUUAUUAAUCCUCUCUUUCUUGAUAAUAGAAUUAGAAGACAGAUUAAUAGUGCAGAGAUUGUUCCUUUUGUUGAGUGUGUGAACUAUUGUGAUAUGAAAGAUAUGAUCCAAUUUGAUGAAUUCAGAAGAAGUGGUCCUAGAGCUUUCAAGUUUUUUGAUAUGUGGGGUAGUCAUCCUCAGUUUGGUGAGCUUCAAAAGGCUAAGAUUAGAUGGCUGAAAGCUGGUGAUGAUAAUACUUCUUUAUUUCAUAGAAAUAUUAAAGUCCAGGCUUACAGGAAGAAGGUUUUGGCUAUUGCUGAUAUGAAUCGUAGUUGGUGUGAGGAUAGAAAUGUUGUGAAUAAUGCUUUCAUUGAGUAUUAUAAAUGGCUUUUGAGUACUGAUCAAGACUUCCUUAUUAAGGUUGAUCAGAGAAUUGUUGAGCAAGGUCUUGUAGUGUCAGGUGAGCUAGCUGCUAGUUUAUCCUGUUCUAAUACAGUUGGAAGUGAGGACCUUGUUGGGAGAUAUAAGAGGAAGAAUACUCCACCUGGAUGCAUGUUUAAGGUGGAUAUCAAGAAAGCAUAUGAUUCAAUGAACUGGGAGUUUCUAAAGGAUAUGGUAGUUGCUCUCAAGUUUCCUGAGCAGUUUGUGAAAUUAGUCAUGGAGUGUGUCACUACUCCUAGCUUCUCUUUGGUUUUAAAUGACGAUAUGAGUGGUUUCUUUCAAGGAAAAAAAGGAUUAAGAAUUAUGCAAAAUAUUGGCAAGCAUAGAGAGUUUGUCUAUCAUCCUAGAUGUAAAGCUGUGCAGUUAAAUCAUCUAGCUUUUGCUGAUGAUUUAAUCAUUAUGAGUAGAGGGGAUGAAAAAGUCGUGAAUCUGUUAAUGAGAGGGCUUGCUACAUUUGCUGCAGCUUCUGGUCUUGCUGCUAAUAGUGGCAAAUCCAAUGUUUACUUCUGUAAUGUUUAG